CACGUAACCAAGGGAAUCCCGGAAAUACACGCAAUGCACCUGUUCGCUUAUUGAAGCGAAAUCAAGUUUCCUCGAUGAAACCCGUCUCUAAUUAAAAGUUUUCGCGUUUUUGAGGUUGUUUUUCAAGACUUCCUCUUCAGCAAUAUUGUUGUCCUUCACGUGAUCUUCAGGAUAUACCGUCGCUGUUGAACUAGCAGAAAUAAUGUCAUUCUUUAAUCUCACCGAACUGGGAUACCAAUAUCCUAUACGCGCACAGGUGAAGGAGCCAAACCCGGUAUAUUCUUACCAUCUCGCCCACUCUGUACCGGAGGGAUCGUAUGUAUCAUUCAGACCAGAAACUGCAAAACUUCCACCGAUUGGUAUGACCAAAUACAACAAAGUCAUUGAACCUGUAGAUCAUCCAGAACAUCAUGGAUCAUAUGUCAAAUACACCGAGAGAUUGCACAAACAUACACGAUGUGCAAAAGGUCCCAUUGAUAUAUACCGCAACCCUGUGACAACAGCUCAACUUCCUGGUUCCUGGUAUCAGAAAGAAGUCCCACUGAAGCAGAGAGAAUCCUGGACGUACGUCCCAAGACAUGUAUGCGUCAGUAGCGAAAUGACAAAGUUUGUUAAGGAGAUGAGUCAAACCAAUAGGGAAUUUUCACUCUUCUAAUGACGAAAUUGGAGCCAACAAACUUCAAGAAAACUUUCAGUAAAGCCUUACUAUGGACAAUGUUUCCGACAUACUUAGUAUUCAUUGAUAAACCACGUACCAGCCUUUGAACAAGACUCUGAAGUCAAGACUUUUGAAGUGGGUUGAUUGACAAUUUGGACAUGUGACAUUACAGAUCAAUCUCUAAUGCUGAAUGGAUUUCCAUGGUGGAUUUUAAU